CCCACAGCCACGCGAGGCUGUGCGGAAGUGACAUGUACACGCGCGCGCGCAUAUGCACGCACGCCACAGUCGCGUCACGUCACGCGAGAGGGCAAAAACACACACACGCACGCGCGCGCGCACACUGUGGGAAACACGCAGGACUUUAAGCCGUGGACGCAAACAGCGGGGUCGCGCGAGCACACAUGGCGGCCCGUCGGUGAAGUACCGCGCGCGCGAGCAAAGCAGAGCGAGGUCUUGAAAGGAAAUGAGCUCCUUGGAGCAUGGCGUUAACACAGAUGGAACUGGGUCUGAUAAAGAGGUUAAGGUUGAGAAGGAUGCAGAGGUCAGCAUUGAGAAGACGCAGAGUUUGGAGGGAAGGUCCUCAGACUGCUUCACUCGCCGCUUCGCGAAAAGAUCAGCACCACAUAUCAGUCUGGACGGCCUGAAUACGGAGCAGUACCGCUCAACCUGCAAGAAGAGAGCUAAGACUGUGGACCACCUCCAAGAUGGUGGCUCAAACGACACGUCCAGAUCCCUUGGCCUUCGCUCAUCUUCCCAAGAGAGAACCAUCUUAUCAUACCGGAAGCCUUUGUAUAGCAUCUCCCAUCGCAUCUCUGAGAAAAAGGCAGCAUCCAGCCUGGACCAGCAGGGACAGCAUGAGACUGGGGUCCGUGUCAGCCAUAAUGGCAUCAUCUUCCCAAAGCUGGGCAGUACAGAGGAGCACAGUCGCUUUGAGUCCACCUCUGUUGCAGAAUCCACUGCAUCCCCUGUGUCCUCGGAAUCCAAUCUGUAUCCACUCUUUGAGAAGAUGUUCUUUAUCCUCAACACUCUAAACUCAAGCAUGACCCAGCUACAUAGCAAAGUGGACCUCCUAUCCUUGGAGGUGACCCGCAUUAAGAAGCAGAUCAAGCCGUCAGAGAUGUCCAUGGAAUUCCAGCCUCCACCAGAGUACCUCUUGACAAGUGAGGAGCUGGCUCAGUUGAUGGAGCAAACCUCCACUGCUGGCGAAUUGGGUUGCAGGCUACUUGUCCAACUGUUUCCUGAACUUUUUACAGCCAAGGAAUGUGCACAUGGUUGCAAAUCGUGCGGCGUCGCCAACAAACGCACCCUGGAUUCUUUGCACCUUCAGCUCAUACGCAAUUACGUGGAGGUAUGUUACCCGCUGGUCAAGAACGGAAAUGUUUGGCAGACUGAGUGCCUGCUGCAGAUCAAUGACUUUUUCAAUCGUUUCUGGGCUCAGAAGGACAUGGAGAGUGGGCAGAUAUGUGGAAAACAGACUCCGGUGGUUCUUGGGUUUGACAUGGUCCAGAAUCAUGGCUGUCAUUUCAUCAACGAGGAUGGGCAAGACGAACGACUUUCACUUGACUCUGAGGAGAACAGCAACAACGGUAGCCAUCUUGGCAAUGCCAAAUCCGAUGGAGUCUUUGAUAGCCAAGAGACUUCAGAGGAUCCUGAUGACAUCACCUCACCUGAGGAAUUUGUUGUAUUUCUCUUGAACAGACUCUUUCCAGAAGUGUUUGAAGAUGGUAGACUGCCUGAGGGUCACAGCACUGUGGGACAGUUGAUUGUGGGUUCAGACAGAUUGGACGUUAUACGCAAGUACAUGGAGGCAAAUUUUCCAGACAUACCUGAAGACACUUGGCUGCAGUUGUGUGUCCAGCAUAUGGAGGAAGCUCUUGAAAAUGCGCCAACCAACGGCAGUAAUCUAGACGACAACCGUGAGGAUGGCUAUGACUCUUCUUGCCUUCCUGACGACAUCUCUGUGGUUAAGAUCAGUGAUCUUUGCGACUAUGAGAAACCUAACCGCAGGUCUAAGAAGUCUUGGCUGGAGCCUGUUGACUUUGACCAAAUGGAUGUACCGUCUCCAGAUUUUGAUGUUCCUCAAGAGUACCUUCUCACGAAGGAGCAGCUAAAGAGCAUCUACAACAGCAGUCUGUCCAUCGGAAACUUUGCUUCACGUCUCCUGGUCCUCAUGUUCCCUGAACUGUUCACAUACGAAAAUGCACGGAAACAUUACAAUUGCAGUGGUUCCUUGGGCAAGAAGCAGUUGGAUCCUGUCCGGGUUAACCUCAUUCGCCAUUAUGUCCAGCUGCUCUACCCAAGGGCCAAGAUCGACCGUGUGUGGACUCUUGAGUUUGUCGGCAAACUGGAUGAACGCUGCAGGCGAAGGGACACGGAGCAGCGUCGCACAUACCAGCAACACCGCAAAGUCUCCACGCCUGACCAAGAACCUGAUCCCAGGGAGUUUGGGACUGCUAGCCAAAUCAACCCACUGAACCCAGACCGACUGAAGGAGGACUUUGACGUGCCCUCGCUACCGCCCGAGAAAAGUAGCAAAGAUUUUUGCAAGAUCCCUCUAGAGGACCUUACAGUGUCUGCCCCGGACUUCCCAGUGCCUUCUGCCUACCUGCUCUCGGACGCUGAAGUUCGAGAGAUCGUUCAGCAGAGUCUGUCUGUCGGGAACUUUGCUGCUCGCCUUCUCGUGCGCCUCUUCCCCGAGCUCUUCACACAGGAGAACCUGAGGCUUCAGUACAACCACUCAGGUGCCUGCAACAAGAAGCAGCUGGACCCUGUGCGCCUCCGACUCAUCCGCCACUAUGUGGAAGCUGUGUAUCCUGUGGACAAAAUGGAAGAGGUCUGGCACUAUGAAUGUGUACCUAGUAUCGAUGAACGAUGCCGGCGCCCGAAUCGCAAGAAAUGCGACAUUCUGAAAAAAGCCAAGAGAUCUAACAGCACUGUGUCAUGAUAUUAACAAGAUGCCUUUAGGCCUCUGUUCUUUUGUUCUUAUAUUUUACACAAACGUGUAUUUUUUAUUUGCACAAGUCCAUAAGCUGAAGCUGCAUAGCAAAACUUCUACAAUGCCCUUAUUGAGGUCCAAUCUUGUAGGAUGAGGCCAAAUCUCUGGUCGUUGUACAGGAAAUGUUUGUAACAUGUAGCUGCAACACCCGACAGGGUAGUUCUCUUCGAAGACACUGUCGACCAAUAGCCACAUAUUAGUGUUAUUAUUAUUAUUAUUUUUAUUUAUAUGCCAAACUAUUGUUGUAAUUCUAACUUCUAAUAGAUAAGCUGUCAUAGCCUUAAACUAGUUAAUAAAGAAGUAUAAACAUUUAUCUUUAGACAGUAUAGGUCACUUUAGUCAGGGGAGGGGCAGAGGCAGAGAUAUGUGAUUUAUAUAUAUUUUUGUUUUUAAUUAACUGUAGCAAAUGUUGCGGCACUGGUCUUUUUCUAACUAUAAAUCUAUGAGCAUAUGUCCUACCUGCAGUCUAUAUUAAGACAUAGAAACAGAUCGUCACUAUUUUUAAAUAAAACUAUGUUUGUGCAAAAAC